GAAUAGAAUAAUUAGAUUGCUAACUCAAUAUGGUAAUAGCUGGCCUUGUGCGAUCCUCUCUGUGCAACACGUUUCCAAUGGCACACCUUUCUCUUUCCUCUCUCUCCUCUGCUUCCUACUCACCUUCUUGUCCGCUAAUUCACCGGCGAAUCUUUGUGGUUGCUUCUAGAAUCCAAGCUUCUUCUUCUUCUUCUUCAUCAAUCUCCAAUUCGAAUUCGACCCCCAAAGUCGUCGUGACCAGAGAGCGCGGCAAGAAUGGCAAGCUCAUCAGCUCUCUGGCCAAGCAGGGAAUCAGCUGUUUGGAGCUUCCCCUCAUUCAGCAUACACGGGGGCCUGAUCUGGAUAAACUUCCUACUGUAUUAAGCGCAGAUACUACAUUUGACUGGAUUGUCAUAACUUCUCCUGAAGCGGGUUCAGUCUUCUUAGAGGCAUGGAAGGCAGCUGGAACUCCAAAUGUUAAGGUAGGUGUCGUGGGGGCUGGUACAGCAAGCAUUUUUGAGGAAGUAAUACAGUCAUCAAAACAAUCCCUCAAUGUUGCCUUUGUGCCAUCAAAAGCAACAGGCAAGGUUUUGGCUUCAGAGCUUCCUAAGAAUGGUAAUAAAAAGUGCACUGUUUUAUAUCCUGCUUCGGCAAAGGCCAGCAAUGAGAUUGAGGAAGGCCUGUCCAAUCGUGGAUUUGAGGUGACGAGGCUAAAUACGUACACAACGGCCCCUGUUCAUAAUGUCGAUCAAAUGGUUUUGAAGCUGGCACUUUCGGCCCCUGUCAUUGCAGUUGCUUCUCCUUCUGCCAUUCGUGCCUGGGUCAAUCUUAUUUCAGAGUUAGAGCAAUGGAACAAUUCAGUUGCCUGUAUUGGUGAGACAACUGCUAAGGCUGCUAAGAAAUUAGGCUUGAGAAAUGUUUACUACCCAGCAGACCCAGGUCUUGAAGGAUGGGUGGGUAGCAUCAUUGAAGCGUUGCAAGCAAAUGUCUGUCUGUAAACUUUAGAUUACAUGAACAGUGCGUCUCCAGUUUUCUCCCAGGCCCAUGAAGGCUGACAAGGAGAUGGUGUAGAAUUGAGGCAGCACGAAGAACAAACACACGGAUAGCGAAAUUUCACAAUUUCUGCAUAAACCAGCUGCAAAGCAAGCAUUUAAUAUUCUGCAAGCAGCAGGACAGAAAGAGGUGGAGAUAUUUAACACCCCAGAGGGACCAUAUUCAUUCGGCAGACAGAGCUUCCUCUAAGCGGCCUGUGAAAAGGCUGUUGGGAUCAAAUGUGGAAGAGAAAGCUUGUUCUCUUAGAUGUAUAAUUCGUUAUUUAAAUAAAAGGUAGGGAAUUCUUUCUCUAGCUUUGUACAUUUUUUAUUAUUCUUACAGUGAAAGCUCAUUUUAUGAGAGUUCUUUUCAUUUUUAUCUUAUGUCACACACUUUAACAGCCGUAACGAUGCUGAUGAAUGAAGGAUAGAUUAGAGUGAUUUAUAACU